AUGUCGCCAAGCGAGAUCAAAAUGGAAAACGUCUGUAAGCUUCGCAUGAAGCUACUUGAGGUGCGCAAAGAAUGCGAAAUCCUUAUGUUGCAAAAACUUGAGGAUGUGGCAUCGGAGUUGCGCAGCAUCAAGCUGGAGCUUCAGAAGACGACCUUCCGCCUCAAGGCAAUCAGCAGUACUGCCAAGAGUAUUGAAAUUGCGAGCCCUGAUACCAAUGUCCGAGUCCAGGAGAACCAAUGGCGCUUAAGACAGGAUGCAGAAUCUAAAGCAAGGAACAAGGCCCUGUCCGAGCUCAAAGGCCAGAUGCAGCUCAAAGAUGUAGAAGAGCAAUCCAUCCUAGAUGUGGCAAGUAGCGUGAAGCGAGUCUUGACAGCUGGCUUUCCUCAGCGCAGACGCAAAGCCCGUGUCUUCUGCCAACCGAGCCACACAAUAACGGAACGGUCUCGCCGAAGUUUUGCGAGCAUAGUCAAGGGCUUAGUAUACCAGUUGGCGGAGCAUCAUUCCACUGGCCUGCGAUUACAACAUGACCUAGUUCGGGAAGCAUUGUCCUCAACCAAAUGGCACCGCGAAGAGCCAAAGACAGCAUUCGACCACAUGUUAGACCUCCUAUCAGCUCUGAUGGAGCAUUUGCCAACGAAGAAGCCAAUAUUGAUGAUCACCGACCGUCUCGAUCAGUGUCGUUGGUCCAACGAAUCCAGAAGGGACUGUACAGAGUUGGAAGACGCCGUGAUAUCACUGCUGCACAUGAUGCGCAAUCAAACUGUACAGCAUCCCAGACUCAAAAUCCUCCUAGUAAUGGAAUAG